AUGUCGUUCACACCGUCCUCGCGUCGUCGAGGCCAAUCCUCACGCAAAUCGCAGUCAUCAACCCCAGCACAACAGUCUCAAGCGACUCCUAGGAGUUCUAGAACGGCACCAAAUGGAGGGGCCGCAGUCGCAUCUUCCUCACCUCUCUUCUUCCAAUCUUCACCUGUGCGGUCUACACCUGCGCCGCCUUCGCAGUUAGAGAGCGAUGGAAUGAUCAUAAGCUCUCCUCUAAGACAUUCUUCUAAUGCAGGUGACCGUGAAGCUACGCCUAAGGCGUCAACGCGACCUGUUGCAGAAUCCUCUCCAGUCCGAUAUGAUCCCAGUUCAAGUCCUGUACGGAAUUCCAAUCGUCUCCAAUCUGCAAUUCCAAGCAGCAGCAGCGGGCUGUUUGUUCGUCAAGAUCGACCUCCUCGGAUUUCUUCCAGACGUGGAGAUAUACACUCUGAUACGUUUGCAUCUUCUCCAGCACAUCGCGGCCGCAUUUAUGUUGGCGAAGAUGGCAUGCCUGUUCGAGAUGGUCAAAAUCCGGCCUCGGAGGCCACAUUCUCCAACCUUAAUCCAGGUACUUCUGAGGCCGACGCGAUGGGAGGCGAUUCCACAAGAGUCAUUUGGGGAACCAAUAUCUCCAUUGUUGAUUCCAUGUCAUCCUUCAAGAAUUUUCUCUACAACUAUGCAAGGAAAUACCGCAUGUGGGCCGAUGGUGCCACAGAAGAAGAAACACGCGCCAUGGGAGCUGCCGCCGAUGAAAAAGAGUAUCUCGAGAUGCUCCAAGACAUGAGAAAACUCGGGGUUCAUGGUCUCAAUUUGGAUGCACGUAAUCUCAAGGCAUAUCCUGCCACUUUGAAACUGUGGCAUCAACUACAAGCCUAUCCCCAGGAAAUAAUUCCCCUGAUGGAUCAAGCAGUCAAAGAUGUGAUGGUCGAACUUGCUCAGAAAGAAAUGCAGGAAUUGCAACGACACCACGCGGCGUCCUCUUCGAGGACGAGGAACGACAGCUCAAUGCCCCCAUUACCCCCUUCCGACUUGGGCAGUGCAGCGACACCCGCUGCAACCUCUGGACCUGCCGCUGACGAAAUUCCCGACCUCGUCGAAGAGGCUGAAAUUCAACCAUGGAAGGUUCUCCCCUUUGGGCUAGACAAGGUAAUCAAUAUGCGCGACCUCGAUCCAGUGGACAUCGACAAGUUGAUCUCCGUUAAAGGACUCGUCAUCCGGACAACUCCUGUCAUCCCCGACAUGAAAGAAGCCUUCUUCAAAUGCAGUGUCUGCAACCACACGUUGUAUGUGUCGAUUGAUCGGGGCAAGAUUGCAGAACCAACCGAAUGUCCUCGUCCUGCUUGCAAAUCCAAAGACAGCAUGGAAAUCAUUCACAAUCGAUGUGUGUUUGCAGAUAAGCAGGUCAUCAAGUUGCAGGAAACGCCAGACUCCGUUCCGGACGGACAGACACCUCAUAGCGUGUCUCUCUGCGUGUAUGAUGAGCUGGUGGAUGUUUGCAAGGCUGGUGAUAGGAUUGAAGUGACGGGAAUUUUCCGGAGCAAUCCUGUUCGCCUCAACCCUCGUCAACGAACAGUCAAAGCGCUCUUCAAGACGUAUGUCGACGUUCUCCACGUCCAAAAGGUGGACAAGCGAAAACUUGGCAUCGACGCGUCUACAAUUGAGCAAGAAUUGUCUGAGCAGGUGGCGGGCGAUGUUGAGCAAACGAGAAAAGUUACAGCAGAAGAGGAAGCCAAAAUCAAAGAGACUGCGGCUCGUGACGACGUCUAUGAACUUCUCUCAAGGAGUCUGGCUCCGAGUAUUUACGAGCUAGAAGAUGUCAAGAAAGGCAUCCUUCUUCAACUCUUUGGUGGAACAAACAAGUCGUUCGAGAAGGGUGGCAGUCCCAAGUAUAGAGGCGACAUCAAUGUGUUGCUUUGUGGUGACCCGUCUACGUCCAAGUCUCAACUUUUACAAUACGUCCACAAAAUUGCACCCCGAGGUGUCUAUACCUCAGGAAAGGGAUCGUCCGCAGUUGGUCUCACUGCGUAUGUGACCCGGGACCCAGAGUCAAAACAACUCGUCCUCGAAUCGGGAGCAUUGGUUCUCUCGGACGGCGGUGUGUGUUGUAUCGACGAAUUUGAUAAAAUGAACGAAUCUACACGCUCAGUCCUGCACGAAGUGAUGGAACAACAAACCGUUUCCAUUGCCAAAGCAGGUAUCAUUACUACCCUCAACGCCAGAACCAGUAUUCUUGCCUCCGCAAAUCCGAUCGGCAGCAAAUAUAAUCCCAACUUGUCGGUCCCACAGAACAUCGAUCUUCCACCUACAUUACUGUCGAGAUUUGACCUCGUCUAUCUCGUGCUGGACCAUAUAGAUGAGGUCAACGAUCGCAGACUCGCAAAGCAUCUGGUCGGAAUGUACCUGGAAGACACGCCGGAAAAUGCAUCUCGAGAAGAGAUUCUCCCCAUUGAGUUCCUAACAGCAUACAUCUCUUAUGCUCGAACCAACGUCCACCCAGCCCUGACACCUCCGGCUGCAUCGGCGUUGACCGACGCAUACAUCCAAAUGCGCUCUCUGGGCUCCUCAAUCCAAGCCCAAGACCGUCGCAUCACCGCAACAACUCGGCAACUUGAAUCCAUGAUCCGUCUCAGCGAAGCGCACGCGAAAAUGCGUCUCUCGCCCACCGUCGAAGAAUUUGACGUCGCUGAGGCGGUCCGCCUGAUCAAAUCUGCGAUCAAAGCCUCUGCAACUGAUGCCCGGACCGGUUUGAUUGAUAUGGGCUUGCUCUCUGAGGGCGGCAGUGCGAGCGAUCGCCGCAGGAAAGAGGAUUUGAAACGUGCGGUCCUGGCUGUCAUUGACGACGAUACUGGCGUUCGAUCUGGUGGAACGGUGCGUUACGCCGAUUUAUACCGUCGUGUCAGCGAAGGAAGCACAGUAGAUAUCGAGGGGGCUGAGUUUCUGGCCGUCCUGCGUAGCCUGGAGAUGGAGGGUAAGAUCCAGGUUACUGGCGAAGGCGGAAGACGGAAUAUUAGACGCAUCACAGGUGUUUGA